AUGGGUUUCGCCGACUAUUUCUCCGAAGUCGUCUCCUCCUGGGGCUUCCCCCAGGCCUACGCUGAGGCUCCCGCCGACACCACUGAGGAUGAGUCCAGCGCCCCCGAGGAGGUAAAGAAGGGCGACGCUCCCGCCGAGGAGAGCACCGAGAAGAGCGAGGACUCUGCUGCCGAGGACACCCCCGAGGAGAGCUCCGAGGAGGAGGAGAAGGGUGAGGAGGCCGAGCCCGAGGCCGAGGAAGAGGAGGAAGAAGAAGAGGAGGAGGAGGAGGAAGAGGAGGAGCCUGAGGACAUCAAGCCUAAGCUCGAGGAGGAAUGUGCCAACUCCGCUCAGUGCGCUCCCUACAAGCACCACUACGAUGAGUGCGUUGAGCGCGUGACCGCGCAGCAGGAGGAUGAGGACUACAAGGGUCCCAAGGAGGACUGCGUUGAGGAGUUCUUCCACCUCGCGCACUGUGCCACUCAGUGCGCCGCCCCCAAGCUCUGGAAGGCCCUCAAAUAA